AGGCCCCGCCCCUGCCCAAGAUGGCGGCGCCUGAGGCGGAGGCGGAGGAAGAGGAGGGCGCGGCGGACGCGGCCCACGCCGAGGUGCUGCAGCUGUGGCAGGCCGGCCUGGCGCGCCUGGUGAGGGACCCGCUGCUCUGCGACCUCCCCGCGCAGGUAGGCCGCCCCAGGGGCCGGGUUCGGGGCCAGCCUGGCCUGUCGCCCCCCGGCGCUGACUCCGCCCUCCUCUCCCCUGUCAGGUGACCCCCGAGGAGAUCGGCUCGCAGGUGGCGCUCGAGUACGGCCAGGCCAUGACGGUGCGCGUGCGCAGAGCCGACGCCCCCGAGGCCCCCAUGCGUGAGUCGGCGUCGCCCCGCCCCUCGGACCUGGCCCCGCCCACAUCCCUGCCUCGCGGGGGGGGGUGGGCUGGAUGACCCCCGAGGGCCCUUCCCACUCUGGGCUCCGCAGAAGGCGCCGACGCCCCCAGCCUCCCCGCCCUGUGGCUUGGAGGUGCGGGGAGCAAUUAGUCUUAUUUAUAAAUAAAUUUAUUAUUUAUAUAUAUAUUUAUACCUGUUUAGGGCCCUGUUUAGGGAAGUUUUGGAUGUCUGACGCCGUAUUGUUUUUGAUAUUUGGUUGGAAGCUGCCCAGAGUGGCUGGGGAAACCCAGUCAGAUGGGCAGGGUAUAAUUAUUAUUAUUAUUAUUAUUAUUAUUAUUAUUAUUAUUACUACCACCCCACCCAUCUGUCUGGGUUUCCCCAGCCACUCUGGGCGGCUUCCAGCAAAAUAUUAAAAUGCAGUAAUGCAAGCAAGCAAGGCCCUGAAUGCCCUUCCAGCCCUUUUCCCCGCACAGAGCCCACUUCGGGAGAGACCCCCCCCCCUUUGCCACCCAAGGCCUCUUUUCUUGCCCUGCAAAGCCCCUCCCUCGGCUUGUGCUGAAGGUGUUCCCAGUGUGUGGGGGGGGGCGGGAUUGGAAGAGUGUCCUGAGCCCCUCCUGGGUCCUGGCGGGAUGCGCAAGAUGCCGCCUGGGGGUGAUGACAACGCUUUCUUCUCCGCAGCCGUGGUGGUGGUGCAGAAUGCCAGCGUCCUGGACCUGAAGAAAGCCAUCCAGCGGUUUGUGCAGCUGAAGCAGGAGCGGGCAGGGGGCAUCCAGCACAUCAGCUGGUGAGUGGAGCCCUUCCCGCUGCCCAGGACGGGUGGGGGGUUCUCCUGUGUGACCCUCCCAGGCGGGUGGGCCAGCCUUUAGUCUCCUCUGACCGGCUGCUCCCACCUGCCGGCCCUCCGCCCUCACACUGCCAACAGGCACCUUCUGUGCCAACUUUGUUCCGCCAGGCCUUUGCAGGCGGUUACAAGUACAUCCCACCACAAUGGUCUGCUGGCGCCUCUUUUUAAUUAUUUCCCUUUUAACUUGCUUGUUAAAUAUAUUUUAAUACCGCCGGAUCACAAAAGUAAAUCACCACAGUAUGCAGCAAUAUAAAACCAUACAGUAAAAUCAUUAAAAAGUUAAAUGAUUUCUGUUACGGAAAUUACCGGGCGGGGGGGGGAGGGACCUCUUUAAAGUUCUUAAAUGUUACAAAUAUUAUGCAUAAAGGUAUCCUUUCGAAUUGACAGCUCAGGGAAGUUGCCUAGCUUUAAAAAUCAUAUAAAAUCAACUCCUUUGCCAGUUUCCUUCAUUCCACGGCCAAUUUGCUUCAUUGGCCAAGGAUUUGGAAACCACUGGGUCCCUGCCAUAAUCCUUCAAGCGGGAGGUCACGUACUCACAGGAAGGUAAUCGCUGGGCAAGGGCACUCCUCCGGACUUGCCCAGGUGGCAGACUAUGCAAACCCAAGUCCUAUUGUCCCUUUGUAGUAGGUGCUUAAAAGGGACGCGGGUGGCGCUGUGGGUCAAACCACGGAGCCUAGAACUUGCCGAUCAGAAGGUCGGCGGUUCGAAUCCACGUGACAGCGUAAGCUCCUGUUGCUCGGUCCCUGCUCCUGCCAACCUAGCAGUCCCUGCUCCUGCCAACCUAGCAGUUCGAAAGCACGUCAAAGUGCAAGAAGAUAAAUGGGUACGGCUCCGGUGGGAAGGUAAACGGCGUUUCCGUGCACUGCUCUGGUUCGCCAGAAGCGGCUUAGUCAUGCUGGCCACAUGACCCGGAAGCUGUACGCCGGCUCCCUCGGCCAGUAAAGCGAGAUGAGCGCCGCAACCCCAGAGUCAGCCACAACUGGACCUAAUGGUCAGGGGUCCCUUUACCUUUAGUAGGUGCUUAGAAUGUACUUCCCAACACAUAUCCUGUUUCCGCCUGUUGCCCCAACACAUUCCUCCUAUGUUAAUCAUAUAUAACCCUCCCCUUUUCUGGUGUAGCGAUGAUGUAGUGAUGAUGCUUAAUGAACUGUAUGUUGGGAUAAGAUAGAAACUUUUAAAAGUCCUUGUCACCCCAUCCUCGGGGUUCAAAAUUCCUCUUUGAACCUGUUGCGCAAUAAACUUUGCUUUGCUCCGGUUGGUGGCUGGACUCCUUCCUUUAUUCCGCAGGGACCCGCGGGCUCUGCCCGACCAGCUGGGGGACUGAGCAGCCUCGCACCUAGAUUUUUCCCUAACAAUUUUACUGCGUGGUUUUAUAUUGUUGUGAGCCGCUGUGCUGUAUUACUACGAUAAAGCGGCAUAGCAAGUAUUUUUAUAAAUAAGCAAACCUCCCCUUGCAGGAAGUACGUGUGGCGAACAUACUGCUUAACGUUUGGCGCAGAGAAGCUGACAGACGACAGGAAGAAGCUGAGAGAGUGAGUCACGGGAGGCUCCAACCGGCUUUGGUGGGGCUCACCCAACUUGCAUCAUUUUGGGGCCGAGUCCCACGAAAGGUGGGAGGGAACACAGCUGGAGUUCAUUACAGAUUUGUGCGGGGAAAGGAGAGGAGCCCCAGCAGUCAGGCGAGGGCAGGAAACCAGCUGCCCUGGGACUUGGGGGAGCCAAAAAAGGGGGUGUGGCUGCUGUUCUCUCUUCCAGAAAUAAAAUAUUGCAUUUGAGAAGCUGUGACUCUGGACAGGCUGAGGGUGGAGAAAAGGAGCAGGCUGGGGGUGCAGCAGUAUUCAGCGCAGAACUCAGCUGUUGAAUUCAGCAUCACACGGCUGGCCACCCACCCAGGUGGGUGGCUUCAAGAGGAGAGGAGGCCAGUUCUUGGCAGAUAAGACUAGUGGAAGGGGGAGAAAAUCCCAUCACUGUUAGAAUGGCAAAACAAACUCUGUGAGUUUGUAGAAAUGGCGAAAUUGACGGCAAUUAUUAGAGGUCACUCAAAUCAGAGAAUAAUUGGAGAGUGGGAUGGAGUGAAGCAAUACAUGAAAAAAUAUGGUUCCGGAAUUGAAAUGUUAAUAGAGAAUGUGUAAAACGUGCAGGGGUAAGCAAGAAAAUAAUAAUAGAAUCAAUUGAAUAAUUAUUAAAUUAUAACAACACAGCAAGAUGGAAGAAGUAAAAUGUUGAGAUCACACAUGGGUGAAGGGGAGUGGAGGGUAUAUGGGAACCUAUAUCAUUUAUAAUAUAAUUUGUUAAUUGCGUUGUAUUUACAUAUAGCAAAGGGAAGCCUAGAGCAAUUAGAUAUAUUUUAAUUUAGGUAAUCUAUGUAAUAGGCUUAUGUUAGAAAAUGAAUGUGGAUUUUGAAUUUGAUGUUUGUAAUUUUUUUUGGUUUUGAAAUAAUAAUCAAAAAGACUAUUGGCCCUGUGGACAAAGGCUGUGGUCCCUGGGAUGAGCAGUGGGAAGGGCGGUGUUGUGCUGAGCUCCUGUGGGGAACAGGAUGCUGGACUAGUCGGAACGGUGGCCUGAUCCAGCUUUCCCCCUGAUGUUCCUUGGCCCUUGGGGAGAAGGGUGGGUGGGUCUGUCACGACGGCAAUGUGUGUGUUUUGGCAGACGUGUAACGUGAGCGACGCUAUUUUUAGGUACGGCAUCCGAAACCGAGAUGAAGUCAGCUUCGUGAAAAAGCUCCGGAAAUGAGCUGCCAGGCAAGUCCCAAAAUACCCCUGACCUCUUUGCUGGGUCUUCUGUUCCCCACUGCUGUCCCACGUCUCGUGCUUGGCUGCCUCUCAGCAGCUCUGCUGUGGGCAGGAGAAAGCUGGAGGGGGGAAGGAGUCUUCCUUCUUUGGUUCCAUUGAAUGCCCUGGACAGGCAAAGAACAGAUUCCCUUUGCUGAGAAGGAAACCAGCACUGCUGAACUGAACUAGGUUCAGUAACGUGCUUAAUGCAGUCUCAGAAGUGACCAUUUACAACAUGGGUAGGCAAACCCUGGGGGCCGGAUUUGGCCCAAUUGCCUUCUAAAUCCGGCCUCGGACUGUCCGGGAAUCAGCGUGUUUUUACAUGAGUCGAAUGUGUGCUUUUAUUUAAAAUGCAUCUCUGGGUUAUUUGUGAGGCCUGCCUGGUCUUCAUUCAUUACACACACCCCCCCCAAAAAAAUAGUCCGGCCCCCCAGAAGGACUGAGGGACAGUGGACCAGCCCCCUGCUGGAAAAGCUUGCUGACCCCUGGUUUACAACAUGGUGAAAAGUAGAAUUUUCUUGGGGGGAAAUUGUUGUGCUUUUAAGCUGAGCAUCUGGGGGUCAGUUUGGGAAAUAGUUUUAUUCCGUAGCUGGCAGGCAGAAAGUGCCCCUCCACCAGCUGUGCCUGCCUUCUGGAGAAAGGUGCUAGUGGCUUUGUCAGGCGGGGGGGCGGGCAGUUUUCUUAGAUCCAUCAGCCUUGGAUGUGAGCAGAUGCUGAAGCCACAAGGCUCGUACUCGGUCCCCAUAACCAACAUGACCUCACCAGGGGGGGGAGGUGUGCAGGUUUUCUCACUCUGGACCUGAAUGCAGUGAGGUUUUGCAGUGCUCAAAGCAGAGGCUCUGAGCUACAUUCAGCUGCCCUCAAAUAUUUGGAGAGCCCAGCAGCUGCUUCUCCUAAAGGAGCCUUUGGUCCUUGUCUUCCCCUACAGGUGCCCUUUGAGGAGGCUCUCUGAGCGCCGCUUGGCGUUUCUGAAAUGGGGAGAGGCCACUCUUUGAAAGCCACAGCUGUGACCCAGGAGCGCUUCAGACUUGCGCUGCUUCCGUCAGCAACUGAGUCACCCGAGGGACCGCUGCUGCCAGAAGGGGGGUGUCGUUUUGGACCCAGGAGGGCAAAGGUGUUUCCUCUGAGGCCGGCAAGGGCAGCUGUGAGUCCAGGUUUGGAGAGAGGGGGCUGUCUGUGAACUGGGCAGAUUUGGGAGCAACAGCCACACAGCAGCACCUCAGCAGCGGGUGCCCAGUGCCCAGCCAAAGACUCUCACCCGCUGGAGGGUCACCCUUAGCUGGAUUUCAAUAAAGUGCAUGAGCAAUGGGAGGCGGCUGUGUUGUGAUUUGGAGAAGCGGCUCUUGCAGAAUGGGGUAACGUCCCCAAAGCCAGGAGGAGCUUGCAGAAAGCGCAGCCCAGGUGACUUGGGGGCAUGGAAUCAUAGAAGCGUAGGGUUUGAAGGGACCCCAAGCCCCCAACUUGAACCCCCAUCCUCCCUCCCAACACAGGAUGAUUCAUCCCAGCAGAGGGCAUCUAGGGGCUCUCUCAGCAUCAGGGGGCUUCUUCAUUUUGAGGGUCUUGCCUUCCCUAUCCAGGGGUAGCUUCUUGCCUUUCUGGUGUUAGAAUCUGGGUUUCUGGCACUGCACGAAGGACGCACUCCCCCGCGGCCCCACCUUUCACCAUCGAGCGCAAACGAAAUGCCCAAGGCCUUUUUGGAAAUGUAGCUAAAACGCUACCUGUGUGUUUUAAUCACCACCUGGGCAACAAGUAACAAAUCCCGUUAAAAAGGCCAUUUUGAAAGGGAGCGUCAUAAAAACAGGGCAGCGGGGGAAAAGAGUUCCGUAAAACAAGGCACGGCGAGAGGUUCCGGUUGCAGCAAACGAGUCUCCGUUCCUCUGGGCUAAGGCAGCUCGGGUGCAAGAAGAAGCAAGAGUUUAAAUUAAGUGCGCUGGGGAGUUGGGGAGGGGUCGUCCCCCCCGCUCAGUGGAGCUGCGCGUCCAGGUCGUACUUCUCACAGAACUUGUCCGUGAAAGGGAUGCAGGUGAGGAACUCGCACCACUCGCAGCGGAUGGGGUAGAAAUAGAAGAGGACCACCAGGCCGGACAGCAGCCCCGCAAAGACCAGCUGGAAGACGAUGAUCUGGCAGCGCUUGCGGUACAGGUCAAACUUGCCGAAGCUGAUGUAGGGCAGGAAGGCGAAGGAGAGGAAGAGGCCGCUGACGAAGCCGCCCACGUGGGCGAAGUUGUCGAUCCAGGGCAGGAGGCCGAAGGCGAAGAGGAAGAGGACCACGGCCAGCAGCUUGAAGAAGGCCCUCCAGGGACGCGCCAGGAUCUGCCAGCUCUGGAAGAGCUCCACAAAGAGGCAGGCCAGGAUGCCAAACUGGGAGCCCGCAGGGCCCACCUGAGAGGGGAGGGAGGCAGGCAGGCAGAGUCCCCGUUAGGCCUGCCUUUGGCAAAACACCUUCCCCCCUUGGGGGGGGCGUGGGGGGGAGGCAGUUGAGAAGCUGCUUCCCUACAAGUAGAGCAAGGAGGGGGCCCCACCUCCAGGCCAGAAAAGGGGGCUUUCACAGCCGGGAGCAGGAAGCAAAAGCCCAGCAAAGGGAGCCAGAAGAGGAAGGAGCGGCCUGGGGUUGUGGGUGGACUGGGGAGCUGCCUUGGCCAGAGUCAGACCAUGGGCCCAUCAGGCUCAGCUCUGCUUACACAGGCGAGCAGCAGCGGUUGCUCUGCUCUGGCAGGAAGGCUCCCCCAAGCUGUUCCUGGAGAGGCCUUGCCUGGGGCCAUGUCCCUGCCCAGGGGGUGCCCUAGCCCUGGGCCCAAAGGAAAGGGCUGCGUUGCCCCUGGCAGCCCCAGACCCACCUCGGCUCUGUAGGGCAGGAAGAUGGCACUGGCCAGGUUGCCCGUGAUGCCGCUCAGCAGGUAGAUGAUGGAGAUGCGGUGCCAGCCAGCCAGCUUCUCCAGGUCUCGCAGGAUGGUCAUCUGGAAGCACACUGACACCAAGCAGUGCAGGAUCCUGCUGGGCAGGGGAGAGGGAGGCCAGUUGGACCUGGGCGGCGGGGGGGGGGGAGAAAACAACCCUCCCUCCCCUCCCCCCACACCUUGCUGGUGUGUCCUGGUGGGGGCCCAGUGCCAGCCUUACCCUGCGUGGAGGAACAGCGACAGCCACAGGCGGUACACCUGGUCUGGGACCUCUGGGUUGAGGAAGGGCAGGAGCCCACAGACAUCAUCCAUGCAGUGCACCUGGGGGAGAGAGCACACCUGGGCUUAGCACUGCCAGGGCCUCAACCUGCUCUGAAAGGAACACACAAGAUGUGGCAGUCGGGGAGAGGGCUUUACCUGGGAGCAGAGGGUGGCCUCUUCGUGGAAGUAGCCGUGCAUGAAGGUGCAGUAUUCUCGAGAUGUGAUCUCACACCUGGGAAGAAAGAGGGCAGAGAGCUGGGAAGUUAAGGGGGGCAGCAGAAGGGCAGGGAUGGGGAACACACACGGUCCAAGCUGAUCCCUUGGGGGUGGCUGUCAAUCUCCCCCACCCUCCUCCCCGGAGUGGCCAAUGGGCAGCCUGCCACCUAGCGCUGCCCCGCCUCCCCCAGGCCUCCCCCUACCUUCCCUUGGUGCCAAUGCAGCAGGGGCGGCCGGUGAUGACGCAGUCCAUGUGCGGGUGGUUCGUGUAGUUGCCAGCGCUGUUCUUGGUGCAGAUCUGGAAGGAGGGGGGGCAGUGGGUGUGGGCCUCCCUCCUCGGAGCAUGUCCCGGCUGGAGGGGCCUCCUGCCACCCCCCAUCUCUGCAGGUCCCAGAGGCGAAGGGAAAGGAACACACACCCCAAACACACACACUUCUCUGCCAGAGUCCACAGAAAAAAUGCAGCUGCUGGGCAGUUGGAGGGGCAAGAAAUUCUGUCCCUCGCCUAAGGAGCUUCCAGCAAGAGCCAAGAAAGGCCAGACCUGUCCACCAUUCCCCAGUCAUCGUAUUAUUACUAUUUUAAAAAUUUGGUUGCUUUAACCUGCCUAAGGCAACCCACAGAUAUUUCCUGCCAGUCCUUGGAAUGAGCGCUUGAAAUGCCCAGCUGAGGAACAGGGCAGAAAGGGCCAGGAGGUCCCCAUGAAAAAGUUUUUAAAGGGAGACAACAAGAGCCUGCUUCCUGCAGCUUGUUCCUCUCCCAUCACCAGGGGAUCCCCUUUCCAGCACCAGGGAUCCAAGACGGGAUCUUGAAUGAAGCUGAGCAGCCUUCCAGAUUCCUUGUGAGCAAACCUGGCUAGGUUUCAUUCCGCUGUGGAGCCCCGGGGCUGGCGUUUCCUUUGCAUUCUGCUCUGACCACCUGCCUGAUUUCCCCCUGCCUUUUCUUCCUAAUGAAAUUCCUUCGUUUGGCGGCUGUCAUGUUUGCGGUUUCCAACCCCAGGGCUUUAGGAUCCCCAGAGGCUUGGCCUUCAGGCUGCUGGGAGUUUAGGAUCAAAGUUGCUGGGGACCAGCGCACUUUUCCAACGUCCAGGAUAGACUCAGAGACAGCGUAUACCUAAAGGAGCGUCUCCACCCCAAUCAUCCAGCCCAGACACUGAGGUCCAGCUCCGAGGGCCUUCUAGCGGUUCCCUCCCUGCGAGAAGCGAGGUUACAGGGAGCCAGGCAGAGGGCCUUCUCGGUGGUGGCUCCCACCCUGUGGAACACUCUCCCUUCAGAUGUCAAGGAAAUAAACAACUACCUGACAUUUAGAAGACAUCUGAAGGUAGCCCUGUUUAGGGAAGUUUUGAAUGUUUGAUGUUUUAUUCCAUUUUGAAUGUUCUGUUGAAAGCCACCCAAAGUGGCUGGGGAACCCCAGUCAGAUGGACGGGGUACAAAUAAAUUAUUAUUAUUAU